AUGGAGAUACACACUUUUCAUGCAUGAAGUAGGAGCCUGAUCUGGUUUCUCACCAGCCCUAUCCACAAUGCUUUGCGCUGGCUGUAAGGCGUCCCCAUAAAUGUUAAAGACCUGCGGCUCUCCUGGAAGAAGUCUCACUGUCCGUCGUUUCGGUAACAUUCAGCCAACCGGACGCUGAUUACUGCGAGUGUCCAGUCGGAAGUUAGCUUCUGUUGACUGAGUUUGGGUCGUGUAGUGCUGAGUACUAAAGCUAGGUGUCCUGCCGUGACUGCUAUGGACAGGUCUGAAACUGGAGUACAGUCCAAUCUACUGUAUUGAGCUGCGAAGACCAAGCCACCCAAUCCUUCGAUUCAGCCAGUCUGCGCUUCGUAUUCUGUUGUACUAACAGUCGUGGCAAGUGAGCUAAGCGUUGUGUUCUCUGUCAGGAGCAGAUAGUGUGAAAGUUCCUCCCGAUCACUGCAUUGCAGCCUAGUGCUGCUGCUGGAAUUCAACACACAAUGGCGACUCCCAGCCCUAGCACCAACUCCACUACACCUUCCAGCCACAACAGCAAUAACGCAGGAUCUACAGCACAUCACCACCAGUCACAGUCUCAACACAUAACCACCAUGAGCAGCAUGCAGGAGCCCAACACAUGCUGGAGAUGUCAGAGUGAAACAGGGUUUCAGAUAAACCUGUCUGGAGCUCCCCAAAGUAAACGUAAAGCACUGAAGUUAAAUUUUGCCAACCCACCAAUAAAACCCACCACCAGAUUCACUCUGAACACAGCAGGUCCUCAAUUUCAGAAUCCACACAUAGAGCGACUGAGAACACACAGUAUUGAGUCGUCAGGGAAACUGAAGAUCUCUCCGGAGCAGCAUUGUGACUUUACAGCAGAGGACCUGAAGGACCUGGGUGAGAUUGGCCGCGGGGCCUACGGCUCCGUCAGCAAGAUGGUACACAAGCCCAGCGGUCAGAUUAUGGCUGUGAAGAGGAUCAGAUCGACCGUGGAUGAGAAGGAGCAGAAACAGCUGCUGAUGGACUUAGAUGUGGUGAUGAGAAGCAGUGACUGUCCCUACAUCGUCCAGUUCUACGGAGCGCUUUUCAGAGAGGGAGACUGUUGGAUAUGCAUGGAACUCAUGUCUACCUCGUUCGACAAAUUCUACAAAUAUGUUUAUUCUUCAUUAGACGAUGUGAUUCCAGAGGAAAUUUUAGGCAAAAUAACAUUAGCUACUGUGAAAGCACUUAACCACUUAAAAGAAAACUUGAAAAUAAUUCACAGAGACAUAAAGCCAUCCAACAUUCUCCUGGACAGGAACGGCAAUAUUAAACUAUGUGACUUCGGCAUCAGUGGCCAACUCGUGGACUCCAUCGCCAAAACCAGAGAUGCAGGGUGCAGACCUUACAUGGCGCCUGAGAGAAUAGACCCCAGUGCUUCCAGACAGGGCUAUGACGUGCGUUCUGAUGUGUGGAGUCUGGGAAUCACACUGUACGAGCUUGCCACGGGAAGGUUUCCCUAUCCAAAAUGGAACAGCGUGUUUGACCAGUUGACACAGGUGGUAAAGGGAGAUCCUCCACAGCUCAGUAACUCUGAAGAGAGACAGUUCUCCCCCAAAUUCAUCAGCUUCGUCAACCUGUGCCUUACAAAGGAUGAGUCAAAAAGGCCAAAGUACAAAGAGCUCCUGAAACAUCCAUUCAUACUGAUGUAUGAGGAGCGCUCUGUGGAUGUUGCCAGCUACGUUUGUCGGAUUCUGGAUCAAAUGCCUGCAUCUCCCAGCUCCCCCAUGUAUGUGGACUGAUCUGUCAAGAACAACAACCUGGAAAAUUAGUCAACAUGAUGUAAAGAUUUGCUUCAUCACAAAAAUGGCAGUGUUUUAAAUGAGGCAAUUGCUACCACAACACCAGGUGCAAUGAGAUUGGUGUUCAUAUGAGUCACACCUGUAUGAUAGCAACAUACAUUCACACCCCUUUCUCUCUCUCUCUCUCUCUCUCU